GCCGCUGCCCACGCCGAUCGACGGCGGAGGACGCCCCCGCGAGCCCUAUAUCUCCCUCUCCUCCCCCACCUGCCUGCGCCUCCACUCGCCUCUCGCCGCCGCCUUCGUGUCCUCUCCCCUAAACCCUUCCGCCCAUCUGGCCCCCUCCCCCUCAGUUUGGAACGAUGGCACUUGCUAAUAAGCUUGGUGGCCUGCUUAAGAAAGCCACUAGUUCAAAUCCUUCUAUCUAUCAAGCAAUCAGAUGCAUGUCAUCAUCCAAGCUCUUUGUUGGAGGGCUUUCUUAUGGCACCGAUGAUCACAGUCUUAGAGAUGCCUUUUCCAAUUAUGGCCAGGUUAUUGAAGCUAGGGUUAUCAUGGACCGUGAGUCUGGAAGAUCUAGAGGUUUUGGCUUUAUAACUUACACAUCAUCCGAGGAGGCUUCUGCUGCCAUCACAGCCAUGGAUGGAAAGGAUCUCCAUGGAAGGAACAUACGGGUUAACCAUGCUACCGAGAGAACUGGUGGCUUCCGGGCCGGUGGCGGUGGUGGUUUUGGUGGUGGUGGCUACGGCGGCGGCGGCGGUGGUUACGGCGGCGGCUACGGUGGGGGCUAUGGUGGCGGCAGCAGCGGCGGUGGGGGUUAUGGUGGCAACUAUGGCAACAGGAGUGGUGGUGGCUAUGGGGGUGGUGGAGUUGCAGAUGGAUCUGGGGGCAAUUUUGCUGCUGGAGGUGGUGACGGCUUUGGCAGCAACUUUGGUGGUGACAGUGGGUUUGGCGCUGCCGGUGGCUCCACUGGUGGUGAUGAGUUCUCUGCUGGUGGCAGCUUCAGCAGCAACAGGAAUGACGGAAUCAUGGAUGAUAUGUUCAAGGACGACGAGCCUGACAACUACGCCGACAAAAGGGCCUAGCUUUUGUCCUCCAAGCUACCCUAGUGUACCAGUAAAAAUGAGGCGAAUGAUCAUCCGGAUGAGAUUCCAGGACAAUCUGUAGUGGCUGGUGUUUUUCUGUUAGCUUUGUAUGUCUCUUCUGUCUAAAUAACAGAACGAGGCACCUUGUGUUGAACGGACUAUCGAAGUGUGCUUUAUUUGACUUGCUCUGUUGCAUGUUUGCGCCUCUGGCAAACGAUGGCAGACGUUCCUGUUUCAAGGUCUUUCUGGCAGUGCUAUAUCUUGGUUCUGCUAGUACA